UUCCAUGGUAAAACGUCAUCAGCGCUCGACAAAACAAAAAUAGAGGCGCGAAAGAAGACGCUUUCGGAUAUGUACCUUUACAGCCUUUCUCCAAGUGCUUGCGUAUAAAUGUUAUGUUUGGUUUCAGUCGGCGCAACGACGUCUGUGUGUUAUCUUCGCUAUGACCCAGUCAGUUGUGGUCCAGGUUGGCCAAUGUGGAAAUCAGGUUGGCUGCAGGUUCUGGGAUCUUGCUCUACGAGAACACGCACAUGUGAAUAAGAAAGGAAUCUAUGAUGAGGCUCUCAGCAGCUUUUUUCGAAAUGUGGACUCAAGGAAAAGUAGUGGGAGAGCCUGUGAUGUUGGUGGAAGAAUUCAGCAUCUGAAGGCCAGAGCAGUGCUGGUGGACAUGGAGGAAGGUGUGGUCAAUGAGAUCCUACAGGGCCCAUUGAGAGAAGUAUUUGACAGCACCCAGCUCCUGACAGACGUAUCAGGUUCAGGAAACAACUGGGCAGUUGGACACAUGACGUAUGGAUCAGCCUACAGGGACCAGAUAGUUGAUAAGCUGCGCAAGACAGCAGAACAGUGUGACUGUCUGCAGUGCUUCUUCCUUAUUCACUCUAUGGGAGGAGGUACUGGCUCUGGCUUGGGCACCAGGGUGCUGAGCCUGCUGGAGGAAGAGUUCCCAGAGGUAUGUCGCAUUGUCACGUCUGUCUACCCAUCUGUGGAGGAUGAUGUGGUCACCUCUCCCUACAACAGCGUCCUGGCCAUGAGAGAGCUCACAGAGCACGCUGACUGUGUCCUGCCCGUGGAAAACCAGUCACUCGUCGAUAUUAUGAAUAAAAUCAGACAUAUGUCACACUGUGGUAAAGCGGGGUCCAUGAUCAACAGAGACAGUGCCAUCAUCUCUGGACAAGGGGGCCUCAACAGGGCAGAAAAACCGUUUGAUGCCAUGAAUAACAUUGUUGCUAACCUACUGCUCAACAUUACCAGCUCAGCCCGCUUCGAGGGUUCUCUCAACAUGGACCUAAACGAGAUUGCCAUGAACCUGGUGCCCUUCCCUCGUUUACACUACCUGGUGCCAAGCCUCACCCCUCUCUACACUCUGUCAGAUUUCAGCAUCCCCACCAGAAGACUGGAUCAGAUGUUCAGUGAUGCCUUCAGUAAAGACCACCAGCUGAUUCAAGCAGACCCCAAGCACAGCCUGUACUUGGCCUGCGCCCUCAUGGUCAGGGGUCAUGUCCAGGUGUCCGACCUCCGCAGGAACAUUGAGAGGCUGAAGCCGUCCCUGCCCUUUGUCUCUUGGAACCAGGAAGGCUGGAAGACAGGCCUAUGUUCAGUGCCUCCUGUGGGUCACUCCCACUCUCUGCUAGCUUUGGCCAACAACACCUGUGUGAAGCCCACCUUCAUGGAGUUGAAGAAGCGUUUUACUAGGCUUUACAGGAAGAAGGCCCACCUACACCACUAUCUGCAUGUAGAUGGGAUGGAGAAAAGCUGCUUUACAGAGGCCCUUGCCUCUUUAACCUCACUUAUUGAGGAAUACCAUGAUCUGGAUUGCACCAAGGGAAAACUCUCCCCUGAUGUGCCCAGACUCACCAUUACUAGGUGAAGGUCUGCUCUGCAGCGACAAAAAGACUCAAUACAACCGGUUUUGUUGUAAAUGUUUUUAUAAGUUAUAAAUCAAAAUGUAUAGCCUGGUUGUCUAAACAUGCAACAUGCAUAAAGAGAUUUGUGACUUCUA